CGGUGGUAGCUCAACUCAGCGCUGCAAGCACCUGUGACUUGAAACGUCAUAUCAAUUAUUCAAACAAUAACUGCCGUUUCUAAGGGAAGCAACAACGUACGGUGAGACCGGUCUCGUUAUCGGAGGCCUCAAGGGUCAUCUCACUAAAUGUGCGUUGAUACAACAAGCUUCCACGGAUUGGUUGUGAGGUCUUAGUGGAAGAUUACAGCGUAGAGGGCCGAUCUAGUGGCGAGCUGGGUAUUGGCGAGAUUACUCACUGCACUAGUAACACAAGAAGGUAACGCCACAAUGGCCGGACGACCAGCGAGUGUAGGUCCAGACUCCUCCAGCAGCUCCGCCAUAGAUCUCCCUUCUCUCAACGUCAGCAAACUAACCCCUCACCCAGAGGAGUGGACGCUGCCCCACGAGUGGAACAUUGAGAAGAGGGAGAUGUACCAGAGUUGGAAGAUGGAUGUCCAAAAUCAAAUAGCAAAUCUCGCCACUUCUUUGGACAAAUCUUUACAACAUUUCCCGCAUCCUGAAGUAGGACCAGGGUUCAACUAUCAAGAUGAAAUAGAAAAGGCCCAGAUGGAGAAACUGAAACAGGAACGAGAGAGACAGGCUGGGAACACCCUUGUGUACGGACUAGCGAGAACUACGUGUGCGGAAAGACGAUAGUACCAGGAUGAACAAUAAUGUAUUAAAUGUAUCAGAGCGUCCUUGACGAGUUGGGUUGUCUGCUUGUCAUACUGCUCGUGUGUAUUGCGGCAAUGUUAUCAUAAUAGUAUUAUUUGCUAUGAAUACAUUGAGCCUCCAUUAACUGGUGUUUAAGUCGAUGUGAAUGCAGUCACAUGUGUAUGCCUGCCCAGUCAGUCCUGUCAGCUGCCCUGUGGUCAAAUAUCUCUUGGUCGUUCAAGACGUAGAGGUGUGACUGGAUUCGGCAGAACAAGCAUGGUGAUUCCGUGAUUCAUUUUCCCUCUCGCCAAGGCCUUCUCUUAUGCUGCAGCCCUAAAUGAAGCAAGUUAUUUUCAAAGGUUUAGGCACGAGGGUACCUUUUCAUUUCAAAUGUAUUUGCUUGUUUCUAUUAAAUAUUUUAUAUUUCAGAGGCUAAGCGUUAGUAUAAUGCAUUUCCUUUUUCACUAUAAGCUGAAACUUUACAUCGAUGACAGCGAUGCCAUUUUCCUGUUUUGCUUAAUAAGUAAAGAUAUACUUCCCUAAUGCGAAAUGCUAAUUUAUAACACGGAGUAAUACAAAACAUCCAGAGAGUUCCAAUUGGUUAAUUACUUUGUGUCUGAUUUGAAUGAAAUUGGAAUAUGACUACGUAUAUAUUCACCUCGGUGUUCGUGCAUGAUGUGCGUCUGUGAUCAUGACAGGAUGUACCAAUUUAGAAUGACCUUGUGACUGGUUGGAAUAACCUUGAACUAUCAAUAAAAUGUUUAUAUAUUA